CUCUCUACUACCAAUGAUCUAGAAUCCCUAAUUGUCUCCGCCAAUUAUUCUCAUGACACAACUCUCAUCUAUUUCAACUUCUUCAACAAUACUCAUCACAACGCUCAUGUCUGAUCAAAGGAGGCCUCUUUUGUUCGACGAACCUCGCACUCCUGGUAACCCUUACAAUUAUUUGGACAUCAAUGAAUCAGAAUAUGAAUAUCAAGUCAUUUUGGGGAUACCAUCAAAAGAGUUUAGGCAGAUUUUGAGGUACAUAAGGGAGUUUGCGACGCUUGUAGUCGAUGUGAUUGUAACUGAUGCAGAAGUUUUGCCAUUCAGAUCAGGAUCUGAAGACCUUAUCUUUACAAAAGACUUAAGAAAAUCAUCAAAGUUCAGUCUCCCCUCUACUUUGUAUUGUAUUGCUGUUUUUGGAAUGACUUUAGAUUACAUGUCGGGUAACUUUAUAGAAUUUUCAUACAAAAUGACCGAAUAAGUUUUAACUCGGAUGUUAAUAUUCACCUAUAUAUAUAUAUAUAUAUUGCUCUGUUUCUUGCAGGCCGAGUGUAUUGUGUGGGGGGUUGAUUCGAGUAACCAGGUUAGCUUUUGAAUGACUUUGUUCAACAUGGAUUCAUUCAUUGAAGCCUCAGGGCAC